CGUAAACAUCAACAAGACAAGACAACGCCCAUUUCCAUUCUUCUUUCUAUUUCUGUUCGCCUUAAAGCUCAGCUUUAACUUUUAUAUUGGCUGCUUCGAUAGUGUGACGAACGACUGACACUGUGAAGAUUGUCACAAUGAAUAUUUUAAAAGACUCCGCUUUGGAAAAUGUAACGAAAGAUAUUGGGGAAAUUUCUGCAAGACUGUUUGACCACAGAGCCAUUUUGCAAGGAGAAAUAAAAUAUUUUAUCAAAGAAUUUGAGACAAAGCGAAAUGACCGGGAAUGCAAGAGACUCGAAGCCACCCUUCAGAAAUUGAAAGAUGUAGAUGAAACUGUCGCUCCAGAUUGCAUAGGUAUCAUGAAAGAACACAUUCCAAGCUUGCUUGAUCAAUUGGAGGCAGCUAACAAGAUAUGUUCUAAUCUGCAGAGCAAAGAGGAAAAACAUAUGGAGAUCAAGACACUUGAUGAUCAACGUAAGAAGAGAGAAGAUAAUUGGUCCUAUUUCUUGGAGGAGUUGUCUAAGGAAAGAGAUCGGGAAGACAUCCAACAUGCCAAUGAAAUCAAAGAGAUUGAUGAUCACUUUGCAAAACUUGAAGAAGCGCUUGGGACAUCAGCUACGUGA